AUGUCCAACGAUGAAACAAAUUUUCAGGACAUUAAACCAAUUCAAUUAAUUGACAGUAUAAAAACAGAGAAUUGCGCUUAUGACCCACAGAAGGACAAGAUCCCAACACACUUAUUGCGACAUGUCUCACUUGCAAAGCGUCACACAGAGCCAUGUCCACUGCCAUUUCCAACUGCGAGAUACUCAAGAUUUAGAAAUGCUAACGGAAGACAUGCAAUUUUUGUAUUUGACGAAGGACAAUGUGGUGUAUAUGAUAUUGUUACAAAUUCGUGCACUAUUGUCAACAUGAGUAAUGAAGUAAAUAAAGCUCUCUAUGAUGAUCAUGAGACAACUAAGGCUCAUGAGAUUAAGUACAUGGUGUUUCCUAAGCUUUUUCUUGUUGCAAUAUUGCAACUGGUCGCUCUAUCACUUCUUAGUCAAGCUCAGGAUCGUAAAGGUUUCAUUAGUAUAGACUGUGGGACAUCGGAUUCGUCAACCUACACAGAUGAAAAAACGAACAUAGUUUACUCUUCAGACGCAGAGUUCAUCGAAACUGGGGAAAACAAAGUGAUAUCACCAGAUUACAAAGUGUUGAGCCAUGAUCAGCAGCUCUGGAAUCUACGCUUCUUCCCUGAAGGGAUCAGAAAUUGUUAUACCCUGAGACCUUCUCUAAGCAAAGGAAACAAGUAUUUGAUCCGAGCAAGGUUCUUGUAUGGAAACUAUGAUGACAAAAACCAAAUCCCGAAAUUCGAUUUGCAUCUGGGAGUUGACUUGUGGACCACAGUUAUAAUUCAGGAUACAAGUAGUACAUUAGAUACGGAAAUCAUACACUCCCUUUCUUCAGAUCGCAUACAUGUUUGUCUAGUUAACAUUGGCGAUGGAACUCCAUUCAUAUCAGCCUUAGAGCUAAGGCCUAUUGAGAAUGACGUUAAUUAUAUUGCUGAAACUGGGGGGUCAUCACUCCUGCUCCAAGAUCGUUAUGCUUUCUCUUUACCUGCAAAACAAGUAGUCAAGAAGAGGUUCAAUGAUGAUGCCUAUGAUCGUUUAUGGGAACAACUUGGUUGGGAACCAUUUAUUAAAGGCCCCUCGUCUACAAAUGAGAACUCUAUAAACAAGAACAGAUUCGGAGUACCCUUCUCUGUCAUGAACACUGCAUUUGUACCAAACAAAAAUAAUCCUCGUUCUUUGGGAAUUACUUGGACAAGUUUAGACAAAGGGAACAGUUACAAAUUGUACUUUCACUUUACGGAACUAGAAGAGCUCCAAACAAACCAAUCCAGAGAGUUCAACAUCUCCAUUAAUGGAGCACUCUGGUUUACAUCAAUAACUCCCAAGUACUUAUCUGAAUUUACUGUAUACAGCAAAGGAGGCGAGAGAUUGGAAUCGGGAAAACUGGAAAUAUCUCUCAACAGCACCGAGAAUUCAACUUCACCACCCCUCAUAAAUGCAUUGGAGGUUUAUAUGGUAAAGGAGCUCUCAGGAAGAGAAACAAAUAAAAAUGAUGUGGAUGCUAUCUCAAAUGUCAAAUCGGUGUACCAAUUGAAUAAACUUAAGUGGCAGGGAGAUCCUUGUGCCCCGGAAGAUUACCAGUGGGACGGUCUGAACUGCAGUACUAAUAAUUCGCCGAGAAUUAUUUCCUUGAAUUUGUCGUCAAGUGGAUUGAAUGGGGAAAUUGCUACAUCUAUUGCCGAGCUUACAGUGCUUCAAAGUUUGGAUUUAUCAAACAACAACCUCAGUGGAGCAGUGCCUAAAUUUUUAGCUCAACUGUUAUUCCUAAGAGUUUUGAAUUUGAGCGGUAAUAAUUUUACAGGUCCUAUUCCAGAUGCACUUCUUAAAAGAAGAAAGGAUGGAUUAUUAUUAAGCAUUGAUACAAACAAUUCGAGUAGUAGUAGUAGUCCACCAUGUUCAUCAAAGUCAUGCGGAAAGAAGAAAAACUUAUUAGUUGUACCACUGGUUGCAUCACUCAGUGGACUACUUUUUGUCUGCUUUACUAUUGUGAUAAUUAUCUGGAGACUUCAAAGGAGACAUCAUCAUACAGCUGCUAUCAGUUUGGAAGGUCGAAACUUAAAUUCAGUGGCUAAUGAAGAAGAUGAAUCAUAUAACAACAAAAUGCAACAAUACACAUACUCUGAGAUUCAAAAAGUAACCAACAACUUUCAGAGGGUACUGGGCGAGGGCGGAUUUGGAAAGGUUUAUCAUGGUUACUUAAAUGGCACUGAAGUAGCUGUGAAGAUGCUUUCUUCUUCAUCCACUCAAGGACAUCGACAAUUCCACGCAGAGCUAAAACUACUUUUGAGAGUUCAUCAUAAAAACUUAACUACACUAGUUGGGUUCUGCAAUGAGGGAUCCGAAGUUGGACUCAUUUACGAGUACAUGGCAAUGGGAAACUUACGAUCGCUUCUUUCUGGUUCUUGUAGUAGUGACAUGAUCUUAAGUUGGGAACAGAGACUUCAAAUAGCAAUAGACACUGCACAAGGACUGGAGUACCUGCAUAAUGGAUGUAAACCACCAAUAGUUCAUCGAGAUGUUAAAUCAACAAACAUCUUGUUGAAUGGAAAAUUUCGAGCCAAGUUAGGUGAUUUUGGCCUCUCAAGAGUUUUCGGUUUAGAGGGUAACAAUCAUACAUCAACAUUUUCUGCUGCCACCACUCCUGCUGGUAUAUCAGCAAGUAUUGCUGGCACUCCAGGCUAUCUUGAUCCUGAGUACUUUAUAUCAAAUUGGUUGAACGAGAAAAGUGAUGUUUACAGUUUCGGAAUUGUUUUAUUGGAGAUAAUCACAGCUCGACCUGUUGUAGCGACAACACAACAAAACAAUCAUAUAAUUCAAUGGGUUAGUUCCAUGAUUGCUAAAGGAGAUAUUAAAAGCAUUCUUGAUCCAAGGUUGGAAGUAGAUGUUGUUGAUAUUAAUACUGUCUGGAAAGUAAUUGAAAUAUCAAUGUCUUGUGCCUCAAAAACUUCCACCAGUAGGCCAACCAUGAGCCGGGUAGCACUUGAUUUGAAGGAGUGUUUGACAACAAGUAUAACUCGAAACAACAGCCAUCUUGAGACUCAUGAAUAUUCAACGCCAGAUUUAGAUGAAAUAAUCUCCAAGAAUAUGGCUUCAGAAUUUUCUCCACUAGCAAGAUUUAUUAAUGUUAGUAGUGGUCCCUCUUGA